AUGAGUUUCAGAACUCUCCUCAUCCGUUGCCGCUAUCGAACAGGCACAAGAAUCCUCACCGUUAGGCCAACACGCUGGGUCACAACCGCGCAAGAGAUUGAGAAUGCCAACGUUAGCCAUUCUCGUUUUUUAGCUGAAGCACCUAGCACGGCGAAGUGGAAAAAUAAUAGUGCGGAGGGUAUAGGAAAUACAGCGGAGGAUCUCGACUCGUUGACCGAGGGCAAAGGAAAAUUAUCGCCAACUUCCUCACAUUUGUUCAAGCUGAUUUUACCCCUCGGUCAUGUUCAUGCACGGCGGCAAGGGGUGAAUGGCAAGCCCCCACCACCAACAAUCUUCCUCCUCCAUCCUUCCCAGCCGCUCUCGCACAUCUCUCGCCUGAUUCUGGCGUCUCUCGCCCCCGCUACACCGACGAUUUCUUUCCGUGGUAUAACACCACGAGGACACAAUUUCCAGUGGGCAGACUCAACCGACGUCGGUGGCUUCAUUCGCGACGCAGCUCGCGCGACCGAGUUUUCCAUCUGCAUCGGCGGCGACGGCGCCAAGGCGGACGAUGAAAAGCUACAAACUACCAUUCAUGUCGAGGUUCCAACGUUCGCAGAUCGCACGCGUUACCUGCGGAGGAGACUGAAAGCGAUUGAAAAAGAGCUGCGCGGGAUGGAGGAUCUGAAGCGGUCGUGUGAUGUCGAGGCCCACCGUGGGGCUCGCAGGAUGGCCAUAGGAGGAUUGGGCGGGCUGGUGCUCUAUUGGGGCGCAGUUGCUCGGCUCACCUUUUGGGAUCUUGGCUGGGAUAUCAUGGAGCCUGUGACCUAUCUAUCUGGGCUGUCUAUGGUAAUUAUCGGCUACCUAUGGUUCCUUUAUCAGGGACGAGAGGUUUCCUACUCAUCCGUGCUGCAGCGCAGUGUUUCUGCACGCCGCGAUGCACUGUAUAAAUCUCGCGGGCUUGAUAUCGACCAGUGGUUGGAUCUUGUGAGUGAAGCGCGGGCUGUCCGCAAGGAAAUUGGCACGAUUGCGGAGGACUACGAUGAACGACUCUGGCACGAACAGCAACAAGAGCGCAAGCAACAAGAGCAUGGCCGUGGCCACGAUCGCACAGAGCAAGCGGAGAGGGUGGAGGCCAGGCUCGCGAAGGAGCCCAACGAUAGGCCUUCUGUGGCGAGAUCUACUGAGGAUUCGGACUUGGAAACAGAACACACUGGGAGGGAGAGAAAAACCUCUGAGUAA